GUAAAUGAGAACAUCUUGAGUUUGAAAUUAAAGAGACAAGAUAAGAAGACCAUCACCAUUCACCAUGGUUCUUAGUUCCCUCUCUACUCCCAGGUCUGUUACUACUUCACCUCUUUCUUCUUCUUAAUCUCUCACAAUUAAAAAUCUUAAAUUCAAAUUAUUAUCUGAUUUAUCGCAAUGAUUGUCAUUCAAGGAUUGGUUGGAAAUCAUCUUCUUUAUUUGAUUUUGUUCCAAAUGUCAACUAUAAACACAAUCGCAAUUUCGUCCCCAAUUACAAGAAAUUCCAUCAGGCUUGCGCUGCUUCUUCUGGAAUCUUUCUCUUCAUUUGAUAGUCUAGUCUAGGAGAUUGUUUUUUGUCUAAUAAUAGUUGAAUUUCUAGUGAAAUGCUAAGAUUGUUUUGUUAAUUUGAUAAUUGUAAUUGACGAGAUGACUCAAUGCCGAUCAGUUAAACAAGUGAAUGCAAGUAUUUCUUAUAUGGUUUUGAAGAUAAUACAGAAUCUAGAUGUGAAUGGGACGUAUUUGUGCUGGUGUAACAUAAUUUGGUAGCUAAUUUGGCUUUUCAAAUUCACAAUCUUCAAAAUGGCUAAAACACUAUAGUGAGGCGAAAUUUUGUGAUUUGAACCCUUCACAUUUUGAUUUUUUUAAUGGUACAUCCCUUUAUAUUUACUUUUUAGGGUGUGUGGAAUUGAAUCAUAGCUGGGGCUUCAUUUUUCUGUUUAUUGAGUUCUUGUUUUUGUUUUUACAAUGUCAUUAUAUUAACAUUAUGGUCCUGAAGCAAUUCCUGUUUAGAAUACGAUUUUAUGGAAAGUUUCAAUUUGCCUGUGCUUUCUGUUAAUAAUUUCUCCGGAAAACUUAGAAUUCAAAUUCCCUUUCUAUCUAGGUUCAUAGUGCAAAAAUGUGGUUUCAUUUGCAAUUUCAGUUACAAUUUAUUAUAAAAAAAAAAUGAGAGCUCACCCAAAAGACUAGUCUAGUAGGUAGACUAGUCUAGUAGGUGAGAGAGACAUUGCCUAUGAACCCCACACCAAUUGCAUACACAAUUGACGUGGGACAAGUAUCAUACCUUGCAAUGGACCAUAACAAUGGGGUCAUGUGGAUGGAUCGAUAAUGGGAUGUGUAAAUGUGUUGUAGCAAAAUUCAGCCUAAUGUAUCCAUCUCGACCAUCUGUCUGGGGAUUGAAUUUUGUACUGCGUAGCAGUUGGGUCUGUUGUAAUCGGCAUAACCCUCGCCAAAAUAUGCUUAGGAAGACCUUGUCUCUGUGAAAAUGCUGGAAGGAAACCCGUGCAACUUGACUACUUCUCUUAUGAAUUGUGCGGCCACAGUUAGUGUUGUAAAAGGGUGUUUUAGUUGUAUGAAAUGGGUGUACUUGGUUAGGCGAUCCACGAUCACCAAAAUAGUGUCGAAGCCUUCUGAUUUGGGUAACCCCUGAUGAAAUCCAUUGUUAUGUGUUCCCACACUUGGGUUGGGAAUUGGGAUUGUUAAGGGCUGUACAAGGCCCUCCGGCUGCUGGCUCGAUGCUUUAGCUUGUUGACAUACUCUUACAAAUUAUAUUUGACAAAAGCAAGUAAUUAAGCUAUAAGACAUUUUACUCUAUCUAACAUGCUUAUUUCAAUGGAAAUUUAGAAGAACAAAAGUAUAAACUAGCUGGCCAAAGCGGGCUGAGAGGACCUAUCCCAUUUGAGCUUAUUUCAUUUUGCAAAACCAAGGCCGUUUCACCAUAUCGCAAUGUAAAGGUUUUUGAGUUUAUCGUGGCCCAAAUAUAGGCCGUAUUGACCGCAAAAUCAUCCGUGCUGGUCAUGAAAUUCGUUUUGCGACCGUGAACUAAACCGUAUCUUUGCACUAUACUUGAUAUUUAUAUUGUGACAACUUAGUUGUAAUAUGUUAUCAUCUGCUGACCAUCAGGGUUUCCUCUUGCAAACAGUACUUCUAGUUAAUGCAAGAAUGAACUUUAUUGACUAGUAGUGGUUUUGCAAGGACUUUCUUUUGGUAUGAUUUAAGUGGACAAAUUUCGUUUUUGUGUUUGUGUCUUUACACACUGAUAUAAUUUAAUUCUCACCAUAUUUUUGAAAAUUUAGAUCCACUCUUGGUUAAGGCUGCAAAAUGACAUCCUGUUAGUUGGCCUCCGGCUUGGAUGAGGCGCCAAGCAGGAAGGUAUAUGGCUGUUUACAGAAAGCUUGCAGAGAAACACCCAUCAUUUAGAGAGAGAUCAGAGACAACUGAUCUCAUUGUGGAAAUUUCGUUGCAGCCUUGGAAAGCAUUUCGUCCUGAUGGGGUUAUAAUUUUUUCUGACAUACUCACCCCUCUGCCUGCUUUUGGUGUUCCUUUUGAUAUAGAAGAAGUCAGGGGUCCUCUAAUUCAUUCUCCUAUUCGCGAUGAAGCUGCCUUGAUAGCAUUGCAUGCAAUUGACUUGGAGAAGCUUAAUUUUGUAGGCGAAUCUCUUGAAAUUUUGCGCCAUGAGGUUGGAGAUAAGGCUGCAGUUCUGGGUUUUGUGGGUGCACCUUGGACUAUAGCUACCUAUAUAGUGGGGGGUACUACUCGCACAUACACUGUGAUAAAGAGUAUGUGCCAUACAGCACCUCAUGUUCUCGAGGCACUUUUGUCACACCUAACCAAGGCAAUCACUGAAUACAUAGUUUACCAAGUUAAGUCUGGAGCUCAUUGUAUUCAAAUAUUUGAUUCAUGGGGUGGACAACUCCCACCUCAUAUGUGGGAACGUUGGUCGAAACCAUAUAUUAAACAGAUUGUCGAUGCUGUGAGGAAAAGAUGCCCUGAAACACCACCCUUUCUCUACAUCAACGGAAAUGAUGGCCUUCUUGAAAGAAUGAAAGGAACGGGAGUUGAUGUGAUUGGGCUAGACUGGACAGUAGAUAUGGCUGAUGGGAGGUCACGAUUGGGACCAGAAUUUAGUGUGCAGGGGAAUGUUGACCCGGCUUAUUUGUUUUCUCCCCUUCCGGCCUUGACAAAUGAAAUUUAUAGAGUUGUUAGAUGUGCAGGGUCAAGAGGUCACAUCUUAAAUCUCGGACAUGGUGUUCUCGUAGGAACACCAGAGGAAGCGGUUGCUCACUUCUUUGAUGUUGCUUAAAGCUUCAACUUUAAUGACUUUUUUCCAUAAGUUACAGAAGAGCCUAAAGUAUUAGUUCGAGAUUAAGAUUAAUCAGACAUAGUUGGACACGUGUGUGCUGCAUCCUCUUUUAUGGUUAUGGGUUUCCGUCUUUUUUCCCUCCCCAAAUCAUAGUUGCUAGAACGAUGAUGAUGAUGAGUUGGACAUUUGUGUUAGAAGCCACUUCUUUUAUAGAUUUGUAUGUUAAAUGUGGUGAAUUUUUCAGGCGGCAUAUUCCAAAAUCACCAAGUUUUGAUCAAUGUAAAUGGUAACGCCCACGAAAUGUAUCGCGUUUGCUUUGUGCUUGUAUCUUGUAAGUUGCUAGUCAUUGUAAAUCCAUUGUAGUUGAAGCCUAUUCUUGGCGUAGUGCUAUGUCGUGGGAUAAUCGGAUUAUGUCUAAGCCAAAAUCGUGAGCCUCCCCAUCAACCUUUAAAUUCUUGUUCUCCGUUCAUCCUCUUUUUGGUCACUUGUGUACCACAGGCAGGGUUCCUGGUUUAUGCCUCAACGAAGAGGGAUGUGCUCUGAUAUGCUUAUUUUCUGAGUCCUAUAUUAGUGGUUUAUUGAUACUUUCUUUGGUACUAUUAUCAUUUAUUUGGUUAUUGGUAUUAAACGGUGAUAAUGAAGUAGUGUAAAAGGAACACAUUGAGAUAUACCCCAAAUAGAUGGGUCUUGCAAAGAAGAGAAGUGAGUGUCAUACAACUCUCCUGGGUAAGCACUUGCAACUACAGCUAAAACCGAAUAAGUUACAUUAGAAUAAAUACGGAUACUACGUCUCUGGCUACUCCUACUUUUCAUUAUCAUUUUUACCAUUUAGUACCGACUAUCAAACGAGCGGUUAGAGUUAGAAAGAAUAUAUAAUGUCAAUGUGAAUGAAGUAAGGGUAAUAUUAAAAAUAAGAUCAUGAUAUUCUUAAAAGAGUGACGACAUAUAAUAUUCCC